GCCGCGCUCCAGGCCUCCGGGAGCCUCCGCUGCGAGUCCCCGGGCGGCCCUCCCUUCCCCCUCUCCCGGCGGCCCGAAGCCGCGCGGGGCCGGGGCCAUGUGUCGCGCGCGGCUCCGCCUCCCGCCGGUCCUCUGAGGCGGCGGCCGGGGGGAACACAGAGACAGCCAGGCGCAUAUCCGGGCUGUACGUUGCCCAUUGCGGGUGCGUCGGACUUCGCUGGGGCCCUUUUUCUCUGGUCUGGACCACCCGGAUGGGGCUCUCCGGGCCCCGCCCCAUCUGGCCUAGCCCCGCCUGCGGGAGUCCUGCAAGCUCUGCAGGCAGGCUAGCGGGCCGACCCCCGCCCCAUGUGUCCUGCUGCACGCCUGCGACGGAUCGGGGGAUGGGCAAGCGCCACCCGGCCCGCUCCGGAAUCAGCACUGGGUCUCAAGGAGGCCGGGUGACACUCCAGAAUGGGAGACAAGCCAAUUUGGGAGCAGAUUGGAUCCAGCUUCAUUCAACAUUACUACCAGUUAUUUGAUAAUGACAGAACCCAACUAGGCGCAAUUUAUAUCGAUGCAUCAUGCCUUACGUGGGAAGGACAGCAAUUCCAAGGGAAAGCUGCCAUUGUGGAGAAGUUGUCUAGCCUUCCAUUCCAGAAAAUCCAGCACAGCAUCACAGCACAGGACCAUCAGCCCACACCAGAUAGCUGCAUCAUCAGCAUGGUUGUGGGCCAACUCAAGGCCGAUGAAGACCCCAUCAUGGGGUUCCACCAGAUGUUCCUAUUAAAGAACAUCAACGAUGCUUGGGUUUGCACCAAUGACAUGUUCAGGCUUGCCCUGCACAACUUUGGCUGACCUAGCCAGGCACUCAUGCUGUUUCCUCCUCCCUCCUCUUCCCAAUACUAUUCACACUUCUCCAGAUGCUCCAAAUAUCAUACACAAACAAGCAGGGCCGCGGUGGGAGUGGGCGCAGUGCGCUGCUGCUACCGAGGUGUUGUGCAUGAUGUUUGGAUACUAGACUAGCUGCAUCUGGCAGGAGAAGUUUGUGUUGUACCAGCGCAUGCCUUGGAAAGACUUAAGUAAUGCAAAAGGUUGUCUUUUUUUUUUUUUUUUUUUAAUCUACUGACAAGUUGCUCUAGUAACCCAAAGAAGUGAAGGAGAAAGCAGCUGCCUCACCGCCCAAAUAUUGAUUUGUUCAGAUGUUUCAAUGCCUCAUGAUACAAUAAAACCACAAAAAUUUUCUUAACAGUUUAAA